AGGUGCCAGGAGGACAGUGCCACUAGCGUGGAGCCCACCUAUAGCAUCGCCGUGCAGGCGGCGUCAACGCGGUGGCCAGCAACCGCGCGAGCUGAGCAUCUCCCCUCUCCCCUCACGCCGCGCGGGCCUGUCCCGCGCGGCGCCACAGACCGGUCCCCGCCCACCAACCUCUCGGAGCGCUGA